ACCCAGAACGAGUGGUGGAAUCUAACAGAGAAACCAUCUCCACCACAAGCAAACUCUCAAACACUUGUUCUCCACUAAUCUCAAGAUAAUAAUACUAAUUGCUUCUGAUCAACGACAUUGUUGAUUCAAGCACCUGAGCCAUGGCUUCACUCUCAGUCUCUUCCUCCUCGACAAUCAUCGAUUCAAGAGCUCCUCUUCCUUCUUCUCGACAAGCCUCCGCCUCUUCUCCUUCUUGUAUCUCCCUUCCCACGCUUCCUCCUCAGCCGGCUCAGUCUCAGACACGUGCUGCGAAAGCCACUGCUUACUGUCGGAAGAUUGUGAGGAACGUUUUGACGAGAGCUGCGGAUGUUGAAGUUGCUGCCACUACUCAAGUUGAAGCUCCUGCGGCGAAUACCGAAGCUGCGAGUACAGAGUUACCUGAUAUCGUCAAGACCGUUCAAGAAGCUUGGGACAAGGUGGAGGAUAAGUAUGCAGUUAGUUCUCUGGCAGUUUCUGGUUUUGUGGCUCUUUGGGGAACUGCUGGUGUGAUCUCGGCUAUUGACAGGCUUCCGUUGGUUCCUGGUGUUCUUGAAGUUGUUGGUAUUGGUUACACAGGGUGGUUUGCUUACAAGAACCUGGUCUUCAAGCCAGACAGGGAGUCUUUGUUUCAGAAGGUGAAAGACACAUACAGAGACAUAAUUGGGAGCAACUGAACCAGAGGAUGAAGAAGAAGAAGAAGAAGAAGAAGAGCCUUUUAGAGGGGGCCAUUCAUGAAUUUCGAAUGAAUCUAACACAGCCCACAUCUUUCUUUCAAGCUUCCCUUGUUGUAACUAAAUAAUUUUCGUCCUCUCUCUCUCUCUCUCUCUGCCUCUGGUCUUUUUAGCUCAAAAUAUACCAUAUCCAUCCAUUUAUGUCAGUGUUGUAAAUUCCUCAAGACUAUAUAUAAUAUGAGAUGUUUGUUACA